AUGGCGAAGACAAUACCAGUUAUCGAGAUCGACGGCCGAACAGGCGAAGGAGGGGGCCAGCUUGUGCGCAUAGCAUGUGCGCUAGCGGCAGUCGCAUCUCAACCAGUUCGAAUCACCAACGUUAGAGGCGGUCGCGGCGGGGGCGGCGGCCUCAAAUCCCAACAUGUCACCGCCAUCCAGUACCUAGCCAAGGCUACCGCCGCCGACGUCUCAGGCCUCUCCGUCGGCAGCCAAAAGGUGGAGUUCCACCCACAGCUGCGCCCCUCGGACCUCACGAGCCGCAACAUCAAGAUCGAAGCAGACUCGCCCGCGGCGUCGACGAUGCUGAUCUUCCAGGCCGUGUUCCCCUUCCUGCUGCUAGCGGGCAACGGCAAGGGCGAUCCGAUCCGGCUAGAGAUCUCGGGCGGGACCAACGUGUCUUUCUCGCUGUCCUUCGAGUACCUGGACCAGGUGCUGUUGCCGACGCUGCAGGACGCCUUCGGCAUCCGCGUGGAGCGCAAGCUGAUCAGCCGGGGCUGGAGCCUGGGGAAGCAGCAGCGCGGCAAGGUGCAGUUCCGAUUCACCCCGCUCAAGCGCGGCGAGCCGCUCAGGCUGAGGGAGGAGGGGGAUGUCUACGGCGGCGACGGGCCUCAGCUGAGUGUGAGCGAUGUGGAGGCGAUCGACGUCACGAUGAUUGUCCCGGCCGAGAUGCAUGAUUCGUUGGAGGAGGCGCUCCGGGAGACCCUGGCCACCCUUUUCGGGGAUGUGGAGGUUGAGUUCAGGCUCAAAGAGGACAGCGGCGCCGAUUCACGGAUAUACGUCCUGUUGGUCGCCCACGCCAGAGAGGGCAAGGUGCGCUGGGGAAAGGAUGUGCUUCGGUCGAUGCCUAAGAAGCCUCGGGAUAAGGGCAAGGGAGGCCAAUCGAACCCUAGCGCGCUGAGCCAGAGCAUCUCUAAUGAUGUGGCUAAGAAACUGUACGAGGAGGUGAAUUACGGUGGGGUAGUCGACGAACACCUGCAAGAUCAACUGGUUAUCUUCCAGGCUUUGGCCGAAGGCCGGACAUCGUUUCCUCGGACCACCGCUAAGGACGACCUCGAGCAAUCGAUGGCAAAGCUAGCCAUGAACGGGAAGAUGCCCAGUGUCGCAAUUCGGGGCUGCCGUCGUCGCCGCCUCGCCCGAUCCACCAACUCCGAGUCCCCUCUGGAUCCAACCAUCCGGCGAGUGGUGCGUCAUCCUGCUCCUUGUGUGCCCCAGCUUAUGUUACGCCGCGCACAUUCGCUGACUAGCCCGGCAGGUAUGGAAUCGACGGGACCUGGUCUAACUGGCAUGGUCAGCACAUGUUGCAAGUCCGACAGUAGCUUGGAAGCUUCCUCCGUUAACUGUUGUGGAAGCGUUGGGGAAACAGCAUCACAAGACCGUGCCUGCCGACUUGCGCCUACACCCAGUGGAGUUGACGGACUAGGGAACCGUUCGCACUUGACGUCGAUAGGCGAUUAG